GCCAGUGUGUGCGCACGCCAGGCAGGGGAGCCGAGCGCAGCCCCGAUGGGAAAACAGCACCACGAAAGGCAAAAAUCAGGAAAGGGUGAUGUAUCACCUAUCAGUAUGUCUCCCAUCAGUCAAUCCCAGUUUAUUCCACUUGGAGAAAUCCUUUGCUUGGCCAUCUCAGCAAUGAACUCUGCACGAAAACAAGUCACACAAGAAGCACUAAUGGAGCAUCUAACAACUUGCUUCCCAGGUGUUCCAACUCCCAGUCCUGAAAUCCUUCGGCACACCUUGAACAUGCUUGUACGAGAAAGGAAAAUAUAUCCAACUCCAGAUGGCUAUUUCAUUGUGACUCCACAAACUUAUUUUAUAACACCAUCCCUCAUAAGAACUAACAGCAAAUGGUACCAUUUGGAUGAGAGGAUACCGGACAGAUCUCAGUGUACCUCUCCACAACAAGGAACUAUAACUCCCUCCACCUCAGGAUGUGUCAGGGACCGAACUUUACCCAAAAACCACUGCGACUCUUGCCAUUGUUGCAGAGAAGAUAUGCACAGCAUGCAUGCAUCCACCCUGCAGAGGAAGUCAGCAAAAGACUGUAAGGACUCGUAUUGUCCUCCAUCACUAUGUCAGGUACCACCUACUGAAAAAAGUAAAAGUACUGUAAACUUUUCCUACAAAGCAGAGACACUUGCAAAGCCUAAGGAUGUAGAAAAGCAGUCUAAAAAAUUUGGACUAAAGUUAUUUCGACUAAGUUUUAAAAAGGAUAAGGCAAAACAAUUGGCUAAUUUUUCUGCUCAAUUUCCUCCUGAGGAAUGGCCUUUAAGGGAUGAAGACACCCCUGCCACUAUACCUAGAGAGGUGGAAAUGGAGAUUAUAAGGCGCAUUAACCCAGAUCUGACUGUGGAAAAUGUCAUGAGGCACACUGCACUGAUGAAGAAACUUGAAGAAGAAAAAGCUCAAAGAAGCAAAGCAGGAUCUUCAGCUCACCAUAGCGGGAGAAGCAAAAAGAGUAGAAAUCACAGGAAGUCUCAUGGGAAAUCUCGGUCACACAGCAAGAGCCGGGUGUCCAAAGGAGAUCCUUCAGAUGGUUCUCAUUUGGAUAUACCAGCUGAAAGGGAGUAUGAGUUUUAUGAUCCCCUUACAAGAUCCCCCAGGGAGGGCUGUUUCAUAAUAGAGCACAAAGGAGAUAAUUUUAUCAUGCAUAGCAAUCCUAAUAUGAUCGAGUCUCACUUUCCCAUGACACCAGAAUGGGAUGUAUCUGGUGAGCUGGCCAAAAGAAGAACAGAGAUGCCUUUUCCUGAACCUUCAAGGGGAAGUUCCCACUCCAAGGUCCAUCGAAGCCACAGCCAUACACAAGAUAGAAGAUCAAGAAAUGAAAGAUCUAACAAGGCCAAGGAAAGGUCUAGAUCAAUGGAUAAUUCCAAGGGACCUUUGGGUUCUUCUACUUUAGGUACACCUGAAGACAUGGGUGAAGGCUGUAGUCCAGAUGAUCAAACAAAUAGCCAAUCAUAUAUUGAUGACAGUACCUUAAGGCCUUCACAAUCACUCAGUCAUCAAAGGGCUCUGAUUUCAUCUGUAAACUAUAAAGAAACAUGUAUAUCUGACAUAGUUAGUGGCAGUGUAGAAACCCCCAGCUCUUGUAGUCUAAUGGAACAAAGCAAACCUACAGAGAAUUUACCAUCCUAUAGUGAGCUCAAUUCCUGCACAACAAAAUCAGCAAUUGAUGACUAUUUUCAGUGCAACACUUCUAGUGAGACUGUACUUACUGCUCCAUCACCACUGGGAAAAAAUAAGGAGGAUCAUGACACAAUGACUUCGACAGAUGGGAUAAAAAAAAUGUCUCCCUCCGAAAGACAGUCUCAACACAUAGCCAGAGAGCCUGGGGUACACAAAGAGGAGUCCCCAAAAGGCCCAAGUACGGUUUCAGCAGUUGCAGGCCAAACUCCAGAAGUAAUUGCAAAUGGGAGACUGGCUCAGCACCAUAACACUGAAUCAAGCAGCCUUGAUAAAAGGAAAGAAAUAUUUAGUAAAGAUACACUUUUUAAACCUCUACAUAAUACUCUCUCUGUGAAUAGCUAUCACAAGUCUAGUGUACCACUGCUAAAACCCCAUCAAAAGACACCCUCUGACACACUGCCAGUCAGAUGUGAGAAACUAGAACAGGCUAUAGUAACCUCCGUCACGCAAGUUAUGCCCAUUUCACAGAGACAGCAAGAGCCAGCUGGGAACCAGGAACCCUCCUUUGAUUAUUAUAAUGUAUCUGAUGAUGAUGACUCGGAGGAAGGAACAAAUAAAAAUGCAGAGGAAGAAAAAAACAGGGAUGAUGUGGGCACUAUGCAGUGGUUACUUGAGCGGGAAAAGGAAAGGGAUCUACAAAGAAAAUUUGAAAAGAAUCUUACUCUUCUUACCCCAAAGGAAACUGAAAACAGCAGCAACCAGAGAGCCACACACUCAGCUCGCCUGGACAGCAUGGAUAGCAGCAGCAUUACCGUAGACAGCGGGUUCAAUUCUCCACGUACUCGUGAGAGCUUGGCUUCCAACACUUCAAGUAUUGUUGAAAGUAACAGACGUCAAAACCCAGCUCUGAGUCCUGCACAUGGUGGCGUGGGUCCAACAUUCAGCUUUCGAGCAACUGCAGACCCUCCAACAAGCGAAGCUGAAAAACUGCAGAAACCUGCUAACUGCCUGCAAGCUUCUGUUACUAGUGUUUGAUAAUCAUUCUGCCUCAGAUCUUCUGUCUCAUCCUAUACAGCGAAGUUUACGACACUGGGGACUGGUGUUUACAUCUUCGGGGAAAAAACAAGCAUCUCAACCACAGUUUUAGUGUUUACUUAAACUGUGCUGCUAUGUAGGCUAGGGGCAACAAAGAAAUCUUUACUUCAAGGUAUUGCUUUUCACAUUUGCGGCUCUGUAGCAACAGAAUAGUGAUAGGGAUAAUAUGUACACUUUUUUGCUUCACUUAAUUGUAACUGAGCACAUAUAUGAAAGUCUACACACUGUAAGUGUAAUCUGCAUUUUCAAUGUCCAUGCAGUUGCCAACUCCAUUUAAAAAUGCCACAGAUGUGUGAUGUGCCCUGUCAGAGGCUAAAUUCUGUCACAGAGUUGAUCCUUUCCCUUCAAAAAAUGAGCCACAGCUGAAAGUAAACAGCAAAGGUCACCUUAAGAGAAAACAAUGCAAAAUGCAACUAGGAAAGACAUCAGCUCUAUCUGUGAGUUAUUUAUACAUCUGUCAUUUUCACUGUGAGAUUUGAUGACACAAUUUUUCAAGAAUCCAUAAAAACAAGUUAAAAGAGAUUAUGUUUUAAGUAGGUGGGAUGGGAAAGAAUUAUGGUGGAACUGCAUUAUUUUUUUUCUGUAAAAUUGUAAGAGAUGUUUGCUAAAACUUACUUCUUAAUCUCCCCCUAUUCCAAACAAGGAUGUAGGUCAUUCAACAGAGAGGGAGGGAAGGAAAGUUUAACUGUGGUUGAGGCACAGCAUGGAGUACCGUAAAAGAGUUUUGUUCUUGGGGGUUUUUUUAAAUCAAUAAUUUAAGAAUGGUGAUCCCAUUCUUAUCACUUCUGAGAUUCCAGCUUGCUGGUAUAAGAGAAUCAGGAAAAAUAAUUUGUUUGAACAAAAAAGUUCUUUAUGAUACAUAUGACAAAUAUGGCCUGAAGAGUUGAUUUCUUUCUAAUGGAAGGAUGUGAUUCUAUUUUAUGUAGUUUUUAAAUAGAAUGCCUAAAUUAGGCUAUUGAGACUAGCAUACGUUGUAGUGGUUUAUCAGAGAACAAAUUUAGAGAAUUAUAAACUUCAGGCUUUUUAUUCAAAGAAUAUUUGCAAUUUAGCAUUUUAUUGGGGAAAAAAACAUAGUUUUUUAAAAUUGCGUAUUAUUAGAAAUUAAAUGUGUCCAUAUAAUUGACAGAAAACAUCCUAAUUCUGCAGGUAUGUUAUAUUCCUUUGUACUACCCUAAAUUGUUGCUCCAAAGUAAUUUACACUAUAUUAAUUAUUCUGGAGUAACUGUCACAAAUAGUCAACCAUCAAACACGUAAUUUCUAGGUAAAAAGGGCCAAAUUCUAGUCUGUUACUUAUGCAGCCCUGUGCUGCAGUAAACUGUCUUCAAAAGACCCCACAUUUGCUUUUUAACAGAAGAGAUAGAAGUUUGUGUAAGAAAAACAAAGAUAUUAAGAAACAUGAUCAGCUGUAUAAAUUGUUGAAUACAAAUUGACAUGUAUGUUGCCUGUGACUUGUUGGUACCCAGGUAUUAUAUCCAGUUGUUCAUUUUAAAAGAGUAUUUUCAUCAGGUUCUGGUGACAUGUAUAACUUGUAUAAACCAUUUGAGCUUCACUCAUGAUCUAUAUGGUCAUCUGAAGUUUUUAGUACAGCCUUAUAUUAGACAGUUGGAUAUUAGGUACUUAUGAAAUGGCUUUAUAACUCUGGACACAAUUGGUUUCUGAUUCUGUCAAGUAUAUCAUACAGUACCUAUCUCUAUAACGCCCAGUAAAUGCAUGAGUCUGUUUUCAUUAUUUUUAUGUAUAAAUUCCAUUUCAUAAGAGCAAUAAGACCUUUCAGUGCUUGUAAGGGAAAUUAUUGUGCUUUUGGUUGGUUGAAGUCACUUGGCCUUUAGCCUCCUGCCUUAUCAUACCUUCCAAGACAUGCUAUAAUUACCCAAUAAUGCAUCUUACUGUCUCAUCUUAUUGCUUACAUAUGUAACUCCAAGACUGCUUAUUAAAUGCAGACACCAGUCAGGUUUUUUGUGAGGAGUUGUUGUUAUAUACUAUGCAGUGGCUGACUGUGAUUUUGUUUGAGACAUUAGUAGUAUGUACCAAUUCAGUAAAUAAAAAUGUUGAAACAAUACCUUAAUUUAUAGCUGAUGAUCUGAAAAUGCAAGUUACAGUAUUAAAAAGUUAAUAACAAAGACAUGUUUUACUUUUUGGGGAAGUUUUUAUUUUUGUUAUAAACUCUGAUUCAUUUAUACAAAAAACAUCAUUCCAAAAAAAUAUGAUAGUAUCUACCUAGAAACUGUAUGUGAUUUCUGAAAGUUCCCAUAGAUCAACAGACACGUCAUAUUAAUGUUGACAUGGCAUUGUAGCAAUAUUAAUGUGACUCUUCAAAUAUGGAAUGUAAACAGAAGUUUCAAAUAGAAAUGUUUUAAUCUUGAAUUCUUUUUAAAAAAAACUCAACAAUGGACUAAAAGGAAAUUCCAUCUUUAGGCUCUGGCAGCAAAACCACGAGAGUGGAAUUUGAGUGCUUUAUGUCAUCGUAAUCCUUUGAUGAAAUCAUAGCCUUGUAUUACAUGGUUGCUUAUCUAUCAUUCUUCUUCUAAUGUAUCAAUCUAAAGGUUUACAGAAUUAAAAUAGGUUGAAUCUGUGUUGUAUUCAACUUUUAAAGGGUCAACACAAAUCUGUCGGCAUUUUUGCACACUUACUAUGUAUUAUAAUACAACAUAUUACUUUUAUGGUAAUUUUUUUUUACACAUAUAACUACCUCCAUGAUUUUGAUGAAAUGCAGCAACGUAAAAAAAAGUGUAUUGUAAAAAGCAAAGUUAAAAACUUUUUGAAGCAUUAGGUCAUGGUGUUCUCUUAUGUGUCACUGCUUGUGUAUGAAGUCAUCAUGUUUUCAAUGCCAUGAUUUCCUUAUAUUAUUAAAUUUGGCUUUCAGGUGAAUAAUUUGAAAUGUUGACAAAGCCACAUAAUUUUGUUCAUAGUGAAUGGAAGACUAAAACUUUCCAUCAUCUUUACUCCAUUACUACUAAAGUUUCUACCUAGUAGGGAGUCAAAUAUAACUAUAAUUUAACAAAUUUUGAACAUCUACAUAUGAUCUGAACGAUCAUGUGAUUGGCAGUUUGGGGUUUAACAAAAGACAUGCCAAGUAUUUUCUUGCCAACCUUCAAACACUUUGAGCCCUAUUCUGCCUUCAUUUAUGCUAACAUCAAAUCAGGGCUUCCCUUAAAUGGCAAGAGCUCUCUGAGCCAUGUGUUAUUUAACUCUCAUCUAAAUGAUGUUCACUUUCUUUUCUAAAUCCUGUGCAUCAUGAGCACUUACUCCCUUUGAAACUAAUGAUAAAAUUGGAAUAGACUUCAUUGGGAGCCUAAAUAAAAUGUGGCAGGGUGCCCAUUGUACCAAGAACUUGGGCAGACUUCCAAUAAAAAUGAGGUUUGCUGUUAAGUAAUAGCCAAUAACAAGCCACCUUUUAAAAAAAAAAAUAAUCUAGAAAUUUUUCAAAAACCAAAGGAGAUAAGUGGCAGCUGACCCAUGACAGCUCUAUUUUAUCUACAGUCCCUGGAUUUAUUAAUACCUCUUUCACAGAACCCUUGGUAUUGUUCAGAUGUAAAUUAAUACAGAGUCACUAGAUUAAUCAGUUUUGCUUUGUGUAAGUAUGUCAAUUCAAAAAUUGUAGGAAAAUGGUAACUAUUUAAUUCCACACAACUCCCAUUUUAAAAAGUAAAAUGUACUGGAAAACAAAGUUUUUAAUUAAAACUUUGCCCUUACUUUUGAUGGUGAUAGCAGCCUUUUCUGAAAAGUCAUAUAAAAAGCAGUAUUUGACACCCAUUACAAAUCUUGAUAAUAUUUUGCACUUAUGCCUAUUAUGUGAAGAUGUCAAAGCAUUUCACAAAGAUUAAUUAAACUUCACAAGUUUGAUGUGAAUAUCCCUAUUGUUAUCCCUAUUUUAUGCAAGGGCACACUUAAACACAGAGUUUGUAAGGCGGAUUAUGAACCAGUCUUUCUUUCUUUCCCUUAAAAGACAUAAGAAUAACAAAUAUCUAACCAAAGUGUUUAGUGUUUACACUUUAAAAUUAUUUUUCUGAUGUGUUUAUUUCAGUAAUGUAGGAGAGACCGUCGUUUACAGUUCUGUGGAGGGUUUUUAAAUCGGCAGUGCCAAAAAUGUUCACUGUAGUAAUAUGGCUGUUCACAAGCCAGCAAUGGCUCCAGAAAUAGUGAUUCUAAUUAAAAGUUUGUUUUUCAAAUACAUUUUACAUUCUUUUUCCCAGGGUGUUCAUUCAAAUUGCUGUACUGAGUAAACAAAUAGUCCUCUUCCAAUUUAAAGUCACUUCACAGUUUACACCCCGCUUUGCUCCUCUGAAGAAGACUGUAUAGUAUUAAAGACAAAUGCUGUAUUUUUUACCUAACUUCUUAUCUAUUAGAUAGAUAUCUAAAAAUUUGCCCGUAAUAAUAUACAUAAUCAUCCUGUAGUUUAAUACAUCAGAAUUUUCAGUAGACUCAGAUGAAGUCAAUGAAGUUAUUCUGGCAUGAAGCUGGUAUGUGAGAAAAAUGGGAUUUUUGCUGUUUUUGUAGCAGCAUUCUAACUUUUGAUUUCAGUUUUGUUGGCGUAAAUCGGGAAUAACUCCACUUUAAAUUUAUCCUGAUGUAACUUAAAUUAGAAUCAGCUGUGAACUCCAUUGAAGCUCUGUUCUGAGUUGAGGAUUUUUGUUUCCCUCCCCUUGGAUUAAAUAUGUAGAAGGAGCAGAAGACCACACGUUUGGAUUUGAAAACUUGACAAGUUUAAAAUAUAGGUGCUUCUCCUAUGGCUAGGUAUGAAAUCUGUAGUGAAAUGCACAGUCAGCAACCCCUUAUUCCCAACCUGGAUGCUAACACAAUCACCAUCUCUUCUGCGCCUAGGAAGGGCAAGUUUCAGUGCAGUAUAAUGCACUCCUGUUGUAUUGUGGAUAGAGCCACCCAAAGGAUAUUCGCACAUAAGUAUGAAAGGUCUGAAUAGGGCCCUUAGAGUAAUUGACACAGAUAUUACUUUUCUAUGUAGAGGAGAUUUGAGUUUAAAGGGAUCAUAAUUCUGCAGGUAAUUUUUUGAGAGUGACUGAAUGUGAUUGUUGUAUUAGGUUUAAGUGAAUUAAUAAAUGCAAGUGGGACUUACUGUAUGUUAGAAGGGAGUUUUGCAGCCAAGACUGCCUUGUAUAAAUGUGUUUGCACUGAAAAAAAUUAAAAAUUACUUGGUCUCUGGUUGCUGUAAAGGUCAUCCAAGAUGGAUGUUCUGUUUAUAUUGUAUAGUAUUUCAUAUGAAAUAAUUACAGUUCAUGAAAUGUCUUCCCUAAUGUUACUGAUUUAUAACAGCACAUUUGUAACAUGGUUUUUAUUGUGUCAGUGUACCAUAUUGUAAAUGAUGAUUACUUGUCAUGCUUAGUAUAAUAAUUUAAAGGAAAAAAGGACAGGGAUUUUUGUAAGUCUAUAUUUGAAAGUCCCUCCAUACAGUAAUAUUGUGUUCAUGUUGUUUAUGUAGUGUUGUGUGAAAUAUCCAUUUUGGAUUGUGUUACUUUUUAAGAUAUUAAA